GGACUUCACAAAACGAAGCCAUAACGAGACUUUCCGAAAGCUUUCCGAAAGCCAGUUUUCGGCAAAUCGGCAAUCAUUCGCAACCAGUGGAAGAUUCUCUGAGUCAGCAUCCAUCUAGGUCUGCAUCGGUCUGCAUAGUGUUUUACACUGCUAGUUACCUUCUGGAAGGGCGAGAUAAAUUACUGUGCACAGUAAAGGGAGACUCUGUCUACGUAAUUCAAUAGCCACGACAAAAGACUCCAAGUUAUAACAAAGAAUACAAUGGCUUUCUAUCGAGACCAUUGAAUUUAUAUUGUGCACGAACAUUGAGCUGUAGCUGGUUCGUCGAUCAGGUUUCUUGGUAACCAAAGCCUGUCAUCUAUAAGACACAAAUUAAUCAUAUAAGUGGUAAAUACGAUAUUUGCAUAUUUGGGUGUUGUUGGGCUCAGUCGUUUAAAGAAGCGAGAAGAGAGUCUUUUAUUGAGAAGUUGUCCAUUUGAUAUUUGCAAACCCUACUAUGACUAUGACCAAAGGCAUUGAGGUGAUAUUUUUUCUGGUGUGUUUCACUGGACCAUCAAUCAUCCAUUGUCAUACUGCGAAUGAUGAAAGCGGCUGUGGAAAAUCCAUGGGAUGUUAUACUUGCGCAGACAAUAUUGAUGAUUGUAAGGCAGACAAAAAAUAUGUUUUGACCUACAAAAAGGAUGGAGAUUACAUUGAAUUUGAAAUGAGUGGAAAAAAACAAUGGGUUGCUGUGGGAUUCAAUUCCAAAAAAAAUUCAAUGCCAGGGACUGAUGCAGUAAUGUGUGCCACAAUAUCUGGAGACGUAAAGCUACAACAUUAUGACCUCACCACUAAAUCACUCCCUCAGAAGACAGAUCCAUUACCGCCACAAAUAACGUUUAUCGAUGGGAAUUAUACAGAUGGAAAAACCACUUGCAGGUUUAAGAGAAAGAUUGAUGCAAGUGAAAGAAGCUUGAAAAGUCUUGAUACCACUCACUAUCUCGUGUUUGCUUAUGGGCCAGUUGCAGGUAGUAAGCCAGGGUAUCAUACGUGGAGAGCCACAACAGAUAAAGAGGUUAAUGUACAGAUCGCAGCAAGCAUUAUUGGAGGAUCUACUAUUGAUGCUAUGAUCAAGGCACAUGGUUCUCUGAUGACACUUGCUUGGAUGUGCUUUGCUGCCAUCGCUAUCUUUAUGGCUCGCUACAUGAGACUGGUGUGGGAGGAUGAAAAACUACUCGGGCAGAAAGUGUGGUUCACAGUUCAUCGUGGUUUGAUGAUCUUAGUAAUCAUCUUUAACACCAUUGGUAUCGUUCUGAUUUUUGUUCAUCGAAAGGGCUGGUCAGAGGGCAUAGGUGCACACCCUUACACAGGUAUAAUAACUUUUGGAUUGGCUCUAAUCCAGCCAAUCAUGGCAUUCUUUCGCCCUCAUCCUGAUGAAGCCAAACGCUACAUUUUCAACUGGGCUCACCGUACUGUUGGUCUGUCAGCUCUUGUCCUUGGAGUUGUUACCCUGUUCUUGGCUGUUUUCAUCAAAUUCUUGGAUCUGGAAAAAACAGGCCUUCCACCUCUGAUUGUCUUUUGUGUUGGUGUUCUCAUUGUGCUCUUAUUCGACAUCUAUUUCUGCUCCCAACAAGCUUCAAAUAAGCAAGAAAAUAUCACAGCUGAAGCAGAUGCUGAAAAGAAUAAGCGUUAUGAUGCUGUUGAAGAGAUGGAGGAACUAAAAUCAAUGCCCUCUCUGUCAUCCUCAGGCAGGUGUCUUCGUUUAGCCUUGUUUGGUUUUGUGGUGCUGUUAGCAUUAACAACAAGUCUUUCUCUUGUAAUCAUUAUUGCAAUGAAAUAACUGUCCAUGCAAAUUGACCAUCCCUUGAUCUUAACUUAAACUUAAAAUAAUGGCUGAAUCUGACAACAAAUCUUUGCUUUGCCAGUCAUUUUGGCCAAAAACAGAGUAUGACUGAGCUAACAUUGACUGGUGAUUGAUUGGCCAAUACUCUAGGCCCUAGGCCUGCUCUAAGGCUGCGUUCAUAUAAUGUAUGGCAGAGAGGGGGGAUUGGGAAAAUUUUGGUAGGAAAAAGGGGGGGA